UCAACGUAUCCAACGGACGCUACAGAAGUUUAUAUACAAUUUUGAAAACAUUCAACGAAUGAUUAAGUAUCGUUAAGCAUAAAUAAGAUUUAAAUACGCUAAUAAAAUGAACCAACGUCGAAGACGUGCUGAGAAUUUUACAGAUUCAUUAAACAGUUUCCAAAACAUAACUGAAUUAGAGAGCACUUCCAAUACACUUUAUUCAAUAUCUCAGGAUAGUUUGGAUGAACUUAAAAGUGUAAGUAACCAUACAUCCAAUGAUGCUAUCCGUAGUGCUAAACAUUCCAUUAUCUUAUCUGGUAAUUCUGCAAAGGAUCUUUAUCAGCAAGACUCGUCUAAUUCAUCUACAAUAUUAUAUCGAUCAACUCGAUCUGAGCCAGAUUUAAAUAAACGUAUUAAUUCAUCUGAAACUAAACAAUUAUGCAACAAAGUGGAUGAUUACAAAGAGAAUAAUAAUCCUCAGUAUGCAUUAAAAGACAAAAAAUUAAAAAAUGAUGUCAUGUCUAAACAGUUAACUAAUACACCAAUAUCACAUGAUAGAACUGAAACUAAUAUAAUGAAUGAAAAUUCAAAAAGAGAUACUAAUCAUAAUAUUCAUAAUAAGUCUGAAAUUACAACUAUAGAGCACAAUGUACUUAAAUCAGUAUUAGAUUCACAACUCAGUUUCAAUUGUACAAAUGAAAACACACUGAUUUGUGACAAAAAUUUGGAAUGUGAACUUGAAAAUGAUGAAGUAAAGAAAUUUGAAACUAUACUCUGUUCCUUAGAUAAUCAACUCAAUCAAAUGAAAGAAACAUCAAAAACACAGGUUUUAAAACGUUUGUCCAACAAGUUCAUGAAUUCACCACAAAAUUUUACCGAAAAAUUAUUGACUAUUAUUGAAGAAUCUAUUAUCAAUAAUGAUAAUGAUAAAUGUGAUACAUCUGCAUUAAAUUUAAGUAGAUUAACAAUGGAAUUUAGAAAGAUGUGCAAAUUUCUUGAAGAUGAAUCUGCCCCUGAAUGGGUUGCAUCUCCACCUCCCCUAUCCAUAUACUUAAAAGAAGCUCUGAAAAGCCCUUCAAAUAAUAAAUCCGAUCAUAUCAAAACUUCUAAAAUGGAAACAACAUUAAGUUCACCUUUAACUGUGUCUACACCUAUUACACCUAUAUCUGGUAUAGAUGUAAUGAGAAAACGAUUUUUCAAUAAAAUAUCAAAAAAUAAUUUUAAUGGAAGUGCUGACAGUGUAGUUAAUAUAUCAGACAAUGAAUCUAGUACAUCUUUUGAACGUUUGGAGGCUCAAUGUGGAAGAUUGUAUCCAGAAGAAGUAGAAUGUUCUAAACCUUUACAUAGAAGUUUAUCAGUACCUUCUCUAUUAAAUAUGAAUAAAAUUAAACAAAUAUGUGAAAAGCAAAUGGCUUCACUAAAUGUUUCUGAUUCUAUUGAUCAACAUCACAAAGAAAAUAUAAUUUUUAGUUCCCCCAAUUUACUUGAUAGAUGUCAAAGUUCGCUUAAAAAACGAGAAUUUUAUUGCCCUGAUUUACAACAAGAAACAUACAACAGAUUAAAAAAUUUUCAGCAUGAUAAGUUAUCAUACUCUAAAAAAAAAUCUAAAAAAAUUAGUGAGAAAUCUGAUAUCAGUGAAGUGCAAGUUGAUAAAACUACAAGUGGUUACAUAAUAGUUGAUCCAGAUGAAUUAGAAAAAACACUACUACAAGAUAUUGCAGAAAAAAGAAAAAGAUGUCUUGAUACAGCAAGGCUUAUUACAGAAAUUAAUGCAGAUCCUGAAGUAAUAGAAGCACAAAAAUCAUUACGUAUGUCUCCUAUGUUUGUUGAUGAUAAUGAAUCGUAUUCGCUGAUUAAUGAUGAAGCUAAAUUUCUGAAAACUUUAAUGUCUUGUAAAGACUAUCAAACAUAUCUGGAAAAACAAAAACCUUUUUUUAAGUUGUUCCAAAAUUCAAAUCCUUGUACUCCUGAUAGUACCCUAAAAGAUAAUAAAAGCCCUGAUUUAAAAUACAAAACUCCAGAUUCAAAGGAGAAUUUUAAUACAAAGAAAUCAAGUACAAAAGGAUUUACUUUAAGUACAAAUCUGAAAUCUUGUAGCCCAUAUAAGUCACCAUUAUCAAAGCAAAAGGGUAAAGAAAAGGAGGAAAAAAAAGAGAAUAUAAAACCAAGACUGUUUGUUACACCAGGAAAUACCCCUCCAAGCACAAAUUGUAAAAGAAAGAAAACAUAUUUCCCCUCAAUGGCUAGCUCUCAAAGAAAUACAACAAGGAACCAUAUCUUGAAGAGUCCUCAUGCAGAAGGAUUGUAUAGAUUGAAUUAUAACACUAUAAUUUCACCAGUGGGUAUGUAUAUCAGAGGUACAGAUAUGCAGCUUAUAAAAAAUGUAAGAGCAAAAACGGAUGAUUUAUUGCUUACACCUUUAAAAAAAAAUGUCAAAGCAACUUCAAACAAAAAUCUAAAGCAAAGUACUCCCUUAAAAGACAGAAAUGAAAUAUGUGAAAAACCAACACUCAGAAUUAAUGUAUCUCCGAAAUUAGGAACGAACUAUGUAUACAAACCAGAGGUAAAUGCAAUUGGAACAAGUGCGCCAGAAAAUGAUAGUACCCCCAAAAAUCAUUUUGUACUCCCUAAGGUUUCAUACAAACUUCCUUUGCAAGUUAAAACAAUAAAAGAAAACAAGAAAUCUCCUAAACCAGGCACUCGGGUCAAAAAAUUGCUGGAAUCUGCACAAAGCAAAGUUGUGAUCCGUCACAAAGCGCGGGUUAAUUCAGUUCAAAAACAACAAACUACUACACAGGAUGGAGUAUAUGAAAUCCAUUAUGAACCAGAGGAUGAAUCUGUACACAUUGAACAGGCAGCUAAUAAAACAAAUUUCAUUUGCAGACGAAAAAAUGUUUAAUUGAUAUUUGAGUAUUUGCAAUAAGUUAAAUGUUUUAUAUUUUUAUUGAAAGUAAUGAGGAUUGUUUACUAAAAGAGCAAUAUUGAUAAAUAAAAAGGGCAAUGUUGAUAAAUAAAGCUUUUAUCAUUUUGGUUA